AUGGCUGAGCUAAGUACAAUAGUUGAAGAAGGAACGUCUUCAGAGAACCCGCUAGCCGGGUUGAUCGAUCCUUCGGCCGUCAUGCUUGAGUACAAACGCAUGCCAAACAGAGGAGACGAGGUCCUACCUCGGGCUCUAAGGGAAAUGCCAGAAGACAUUCGGAACACACACCCCCUAGACGAGGGAGAGCUGGUUGCAGUCAUUAACUACAGAGUCAGAGUUCGGAAACAAUUUCAGAUGGCCUUCACGAAGGAGGGCCACCUGCGACAACGAUUCGUCGCCAUCCUAGACCGUACAGACGACCAUAGACAACCUCUCUUCAGCCAGGAGGUGAUUAACUCAAACUGCCCGAAGCGAGAGAUUAAGAAGAUUGCCAGCCAGAAUCCUCUCCUCUUCACAGCAUCUGGACGUCUUCGCUCCCGGGCCCCGAAAAAGCUCACGGACAAGCGUGAGCAAGGGAAGUUCACGAAAUAUGGGGCCACGGAGGUGAAGACAUUAACUAUGUCACAAAAAUAUGAUUGCAAACUUUCUCAUGCAACUCGGUGCCACGCAUCGCUGAGGCUGCGAUGUCAGGUUUCAAGCCCGUGUUAG